GUUGAGGGACAUACGUCGUUUCUGGAAGGAAGUUUGAACAACUCUCUCCUCCUCCUUCUUCUUACUGAUGUGUCGUGUUAAACACGCGUGAAAAGUCGUCUUGAUAAGAAGUCCAGCAGUUCUUCAAGGACCAACGCAGAAAAACCGGUUGUUUGAAAGGUUUUCCCAUCAGCCCCAGUAAUGACGCUCCACCUCGCAUCCCCCUUCAUUCUCCUAUUCACGAUAGCUUAUUCCCUCACUUCCGCCGUCCAAGGACUCGAACCUCUGCCCCCAGCGUCUCUGUCGGACUCUCCGGCCAGCGGGGCUGACGUGCCCCCUCUCCCCUCAUCUGCAGCGACGAACGCCGCCGUGGACAAAGAAUGGCUGCGUCAGAAGCUGGAAGAAGGACAAUUUCUACCACAACAGGACAAACGAUGGGGAGGUAUCAAUUCUUGGAUGACGCACCGUCUCGGCGGACCCUCCGAGAGCGAUUCGAGCCAGGACUCUCUGGAUAAACAACUGCUCGUGAACAACGUCCAGAACUACGAUGACUCGAGUAAGAGGAAGUGGUCGAAAUUCUCGUCUUGGGGGAAGCGCGACGCUUCGGAGGAAACGCCUGAAGGUGGUGAGGGUGAAGACGGACUCGGCGCUGUAAAGAAGUGGAAGAAUAUGGCGGUGUGGGGGAAACGGGCAGAAGAUGGUUUAGACAAGAGAUGGAAGCAGAUGGCCACUUGGGGCAAGAGAGAAGACGGUGAUGUUUUAGGGUUGGGGACGGACAAGAGAUGGAAACAAAUGGCCUCGUGGGGUAAACGAUUAGAUGAUUCUGACCGAGAUAAGAAAUGGAAACAAAUGUCUGUUUGGGGAAAGAGGGAGGAUAACGGGGAACCACUGGACAAAAAGUGGAAACAAAUGAGUGUGUGGGGGAAGAGAGAUACUUUAGAUGACCCGGAGAAAAGAUGGAAGCAGAUGGCAGUCUGGGGCAAAAGGCAAGGUUUAGAUGACAGAAACGAUAAAAGAUGGAAGCAGAUGGCGACUUGGGGCAAAAGAAACUCCUCAGAAAACUAUGAUAAGAGGUGGAAACAAAUGUCUGUCUGGGGCAAGAGAGAUGGGGAUGGUGACUUAGAUAAGCGGUGGAAGCAGAUGUCCGUUUGGGGGAAGAGGAAUGGGGAUGGCGACUUAGAUAAACGGUGGAAACAAAUGUCAGUUUGGGGGAAACGGGAUGGGGAUGAAGAUGUUGAAAAGAGAUGGAAACAAAUGUCCGUUUGGGGGAAGAGGGAUGGAGAUGCUGACUUAGAUAAGCGGUGGAAACAAAUGUCUGUUUGGGGAAAGAGAGACGAAGAUGGCAACCUAGAUAAACGGUGGAAACAAAUGUCCGUUUGGGGGAAGAGAGAUGAGGAUGGUAACUUAGAUAAACGGUGGAAACAGAUGUCCGUUUGGGGAAAGAGGGAUGGAGAUGGCAACUUAGAUAAACGGUGGAAGCAAAUGUCCGUUUGGGGGAGAGAGA